AUGACUAUGCUACGAACCAUUCAAGAAGAGAAUUGUGCUAAUGAGGAGGCGACGUCACCACAGAAGGUUCCUUUCAUGAAACCCACCAAUCAGUCCGAGACAAUGCCGAUUCGAUAUUCCUCCGAAUCCUCAUCGUCGUCAAUGCCCAUCAAAGAACGCUUUGAAAUAGAGGACAGUGAUAGCGACUGGGAUGAUGAAAACAGUUCGGGGAAUGAUGGAUGCGGCAAAGACAACAGCACUGAACAAACCAACCACACGGAUAUUUUCAUUUCGCCGAACUCAUCAUCUCAGAACGACCCAUGGCACCGGCUGGUUCAGCUGCAACCUGCAAUGCCGCCACAGGGCACUGCUGCCAAGAGUGCAGAUCACGAAUCUUUCUUGGAGCGCCUGGGACGAAUUCUGUGCAACCAUUCUGACGCUGUCAUCGAUACCAGUGACGACACGAGUGUAAUUGUGGAAAUCUCGUCUUCAAUAUCAUCGAAUUGCAAAAGUCAUGACAAUAUAAUGGAUUUUCAGGAGAACGGUACUAUGACUUCUGAGGAACGUAGACAAAGAUCCCUGAAACGGUCACAAGAGGAGUAUUUACUUCAGGUGAUACUGGCACAAAAACAAGACAUGGACAAGCUUUGGUGA